AGCAAAAAUGCUUAGCUUCGAUCAUAUUUGGGCCCUCUCUCUUGGUCUCUCUAUGUUCUGUUACCAAGUUUGUUUGAUGGGUUUGUUUAGUGCAGCAGCAACAGCAGCAGAGUAUUGUUGUUUAUUGCGGUUAGCAUUAAGCCAAUUGUGCUGGAAGUUGGUAAUUCAGUUAAGUGGAAACACUGGAGCGAUACGCAUGCAGAAGAAAAACGACUUGAGCGCCACAGAACCCAUUCUUGAAAAAGCUUAUUGGGGCUGUUGAAAGAAUUCUCAUUGCAAAAUACGACCUCCGCCCCUUCAACUCAAGUGAAGUGACUGCGAAAUGUGAAAAAUAUUUAUUUGAGACGCGCCCAAAAAUUUUAGUGAAUUGUUUUGGAUUUUCUAAAAAUAAAGAUGCUGCAAAAAUAAAAGUUUGAAGAUUACUUUGUGAGUUUUGUUGCAAUAACACAGCUGAAAACAUAUUUAAGGACCGUUCAAAAUUUGUUUGAAUUUUGUAAAAGAAAUUUAAGAGUCCCGAAAAUCUAUAUCUAUAACAGAACUGGCAAAAACUUGUGUAUUGAAUUAAAAGUCAAACCAAAAUUACGGUUUCGUGUUUUAGUCAGUUAAAUAAACGUUUUCAGAGUGUGUGACUAUAUACGUCCAUCCGUCCGUCCGUGUGUCGUUGAUUCUCUUCGCGUUUGAUCGUUCUUCGAUUUGUGAGAGUGAAACCAAGCCUUGUGUGAGGUAAACAAAAAUCAAUAAAAAUAAGUGAAUAAAAAUGUGAAUUUUCCAACGAAAUAUUACAAAAACAACUAGAAACAACUACCACAAUAAAAUAAAAAUCGUUCAAACCAUCGUCGUCGUCGUUCAUCACCUUGGCAUAAUGCUAUUAUAACUUGGCUUACAAUUACUUAGAUCCCCUUCUAAAUCGCAAUCGCACAAAGAGAACUGCAGACAACAGCAACAAAAAAAUUGUAUAUUGAAACUAGCUUUAAAGCUGGUCAAUGAGUGGGCCAGUCAGCAGCAGUGGCAACAAAAAGAAAAAGGUAGCCACAGAAUAAAAAAAAUCAGUUACUAAAGAGAAAAAAGAAUCAAACGAAAAAUCCGACGCCUAUAUUUGGUCAAAAAUCGAAUGCGAGCGUUUUCAAUUCCAGUGAAAUAAUAAUAACAACGAAAAAAAUCCAAAUUACCGCAAUUGACCAUUGUGUUUGUUAAUCCUGAGAUACUGCAGCGUAAUUCACAAGAGGCGCCUUGUUAGCAACCACAACCUCCCUCCCUUUCAAGUAGAAGAAGAAAAAAAACUUCAAUGAAAUUUAUGCGAAAUUUGCGCUCAUUUUUCGCGUAAUCCAUUUAUUUAGUCAGUCACUCACUUUGGCGCAUGGAAUGGUCUACUUCUUGCAAGUAUAUAUCCAUACAUACAUACAUAUAUUUGUUUGUUGUUUUUGUGAAUGUGAAUCAAAAUCCAAUAAGAAAAAAGUUUUAACAGUUUUUAUUUUUGUUUGUUGGCCAUUAUCGAAUCGAACUGUAACAACAACUGCACAACAACACCAGCUUUUGUAAUCAAAACAAAAUCACAAUUCGGAUUAAGGCAACAAUAACAGAGAAGAAAAAUAUUUAAAAAACGCAACAAUUAAAUAUUUGAAGUCUCCAACACGAAUCGACCGACCAACCGACCACCACAACACCCCCAAUACUUUGGCUAAUUAUAACCCCAGUCAGUAUCAGCACCAGCCCAUUUUGAAUGUGGGUGAAGAGAUUUGAUUCGAAAGUUAUCUCCCUUAGUGUGCCGGUAACCAGACAACCAGCAAUUGUUAUAUACACCUCCAGCAGUAGCAGCAGCAACACCAACAGUAAUCCCGAGACAUCUUGGCCAAGUCAGCAACAAGAUCGUUAAAAGCGAUAAUGAAAAAUAUUUGACAAAAGUCAAGAAAAGUAAACGAAAUCAAAGAGUUUGUUAUAACACCCUCACAACAAUUUUUAAGGCGAGGGAUAAAUAACAAAUAUCAACGACAAAUGUUGUAUCAGACAUACAACCACUUACAUACAUACAACUCAAUACACUAAUUAACAUUGCCAUAUAAUAAUGCUUCAGCGAAUUAAGCCAACCUGUACUGUGGUAGUGGUAUCAACAGCAAUCAUACAAAUAUUAUCGAACAUCAAUAUUGUCAGCAGCAACAACAUGUCAACAGCAGCAGCAGCAACAACACCAACAUCAUCAUUAUCAACGGUAUUCGGAAAAGUGUCUUCUUCAUCAUCAUCAUCAUCCACGGCUUUAGAAUUUGUUAGAUUGUGGCAAUUAUGAUUCACCAUCCUACUUUGAACAAUCAAAAAAAGUCAAUGAUUUAUAAACAUUUCAUUUGCAUAAAAUUCUGAUAAAAAUUCUUGAAAUUUAAAUUUAAAGUUUUAUUCUAAACAAGAAGAAGAAGAAGGAAAAAAAAACUAGUAUCGAAGUAAAUCCCAAAAACAAGAAUUUGUUUUAAAUCCACUUCUAUCAUUGACGAUAUAUUGUUGGAAAUUAAAAAAAAAAACACAAGUCAUAACUAACAAAACCCCAGACUGAGAGAUCUUCAUCGAGUGAUAGUUUGAGCCAUUAUUUAGGCAAUUGUUUAAAACCCAAAAUACAUCAACAACAACGAACAUCAGCAGCUUCCAACGAACAGCUGAUAUUAAUCAUCACCAACAACACCAAAUCCGACGUCAGACAUCCGGCAUGGCACACUUUUGCGGCUUUAUCAAAUUUAUAUUUUUACUUUUGAUGCUGACUCGAAUAUUGCCCAAGGGUGAGGCCAGACCCCUUAGUAGUAAAAGUACAACCUCAAGUGAUCUCAUUGCGGGCAAUGAGUUCCUGAAACUGUUUAUGGGUCAUGAAGAACUUGAACGUGAAUUCCUGGCAAGACAAGAGGGAGAUGAAGUCGAAUUUAAGGAAAGCGAGGAGUUUGAUAAGAAAUUUGCCGAAACGGCGAGAAACCGUGAGGCGGGCAGUCGUAGUUUAAAAAUUCAAGGACCUCGAAUUAAUCAUGCCGAGGGUCAGGCGGAGAAUAGCAAAGCAAGAAGCUCAGGUAGUAGAAUUUCAUUUUUGGAGGAUUACGAUGAAAACGAUGCCAUACUCGAUGCCGAAGCUAGAGAUAUUGAUUUGAAGAGGGAACCUACAAAGGCCAAGAAAGAUGAUUAUAAAGUACUAUCAUCAUCUUCAGUGGUUGUGGCCUCGCCCGCCACCUCAUCCUCCACCUCCUCUAGUCAACGAGGUUCAAUGACAGGGAAAAAUCGUUUGACCACAGCAACAGCAACUACAUCAAAAUAUGACAACAAAUCGUAUACAACAACCCAGUCAGUCGUGACAAUGACACCGCGGCCACCAACUGCGACUACAUAUAGACCGCCAUCAACAACACUCUCCACCACCACCACCACUACAACAACAAAGUCAAAAACAACAACAAAGUCACCACUCAAGACGGCAAAAACAUCACAAAACUCUGCGGCUGCUUCAACGACGACAGGUGACAACUUCAUCAAUCGAUCACACAAAAGUGAGUUCUCAGUCGAGGAAGUUCAGCCUUCAACUGCCAGACAUCAACAAUUGCUACAGCAACAAAACCACCAACGACAGCGUAAAGUUGUGCGCAAAACAUUAACGCGUCAUCAUCACGAGCAGCAGCAUCACACCUCAUACCCAUUGACGAAUGAACCAGACAGUAUGGAGGCUUUGGACUCUGAGAACAGUGCCUCCACAAAUGUAGAGCAGAAUGUCUUGGCAUCGCCGGGACAGGGCUCAAGUGGCCCACUGCGCUCGACAUCGACGGUCACAACCAUGUUUCACAGUGGUCAACAUAACGUGUCCAUUAAUCAUGCCAUGUCUAAGACCCCAGCAUCACAUCAAACAAAUGUCGACGACGUUGACAUUUCCAAAGACCUAAACGAUCAACAGCACUCAGCUACUGGUGUUGAUGAUCAAUUGUUGCCAUUUCAAACGGUAAUUUAUCAUGACACCAAAAGCGGCAACAGUCAUGGUCCACAGUCACGUUCUAUUUCGUAUUCGUCCAUCUCGCAAAAUGUCGAGGAUUUAAAGAAAUGGCACCAGUCUGGAAUUCUCGCCGAGGCUCGUCGUAAUGUUAGCGAAAGCCUGAAACCGUUGCCAACCGUCCAUCAAUCGGAGCCGGCGAAAUUCUAUUCCCAACCGUCCAAAAUGUACAGCGAACCCUCAAAAUUCUAUUCCGAACCAUCCAAAGUUUACUCCGAACCGGCAAAAGUUUAUGGAGAACCUGAGAAGUUUUAUUCGGAGCCAGCCAAGGUUUAUGGUCAACCUUCGAAAUUCUAUAGUGAACCUUCGAAGGUAUAUUCGGAACCGGCCAAAAUGUAUGGUGAGCCAGCCAAAACGUAUUGGCCCAUUACAGUUACCACCACAACAAGGCCUCCCAGUACCAUUCGACCAAUUACGACAACAAAUUUGCCACCGAUAGUCACUACCACCACUGCCUCCCCGUUACCCAUAGGGCUUGGUUAUCCAGCAUCACGUAAGCCAGCGGCCAUAGUUUCACGUAUUGCCUUUGGUGAAGCUCAAAGUAGCACCCCAUCCACAGCAACGACCAGCAGUAGUAUAACUACGACCACCACCCCCGCCCCUACGGCAAUAACAAGCACCAUCAAAUCGUUACCAUCAUUUGGCGGUAGCUUCCAUCAACACACCUUUGGUCAACGGCAACCUCCUUCGGAGACCACAACUCCGCCACGUCGCAUUCUCUUCAAUUUGGAUCGUCUGCCAUAUGAUUUGCUCAAUGCUCCACAACCUGCCACACAACAGACACCAACACGUUUGGAAUUGCCGCAACAGCCGGCAUUAACAUACCAACAGCAGCAGCAAUCGACACAACAACAGCAGACACCAACACAAACACAACAGCAACAACAACGUCAUCAUAACAUUAACCCAUGCUUGGAGUCGGCAGUUUCUUCACUAUUUUCAUCAGCCACAUUAUCUGCUCAUCCAGCAUUAAUAAAACAACGCCAACAACAUUCAUCAUUGUCAGAUCAACAACAUUCUAAUCAAAAUGCCAAAGGAUUGCCCAACGAAGAUCUAGUCAGAUGUGUUGCUGAAAUACCAAGUCCAUCGAUUCCACCUUCUGGAGCAGCAGAUGAUACCGGCCUACCAUACACCACGGAGCGUAGUAACAUUGAAGAGCUUUUUACACCGACGCCUGAGCAAAAUUACGAAAUAGAAGAGUCGGCAAGUGUAAUGACAAAUGGGCGAGCCCAUGGUGUACAAGGUGGCAGCGGCGGUGGUAGGAACAGUUUAACACUGCCAACACCACAACCAGGCGCACAUUCAUUCCAAGCGAAUAAGCAACGAAUUCAUUUCGGUACAAACAUCAAUGCUGGAGUCAGUGGUGUGAGUGGUGGUGGUGGUACUGGAAGCGGUUACCUAAAUCAACAGUCAUCGUUUAAUGGCAAUGCAAAUGCUAAUGGAGAUGCCGCCCUAAGUCAUCCGCAACAUCCUCAUAGAAAUUUGCAUGGCGAUGGCAAUCCUAGUCCCGACUACAACGCAUAUGAUGAUGGCGGAGGUGGUGGUGGUGGUGGUGUAGGGGAGACAGAUGAUUACACCGAUGAUGAAACUGGUCAACAUAGACCACCGGGCGCAUCCAAUGAUGGUGAUGACUCCAAAGUUGCCUAUGUUGUUGAGGGUCGCAAUUAUCGUAAAUAUCGUGUGGAAACCAAAACGGACGAUGGAUACAUUGUUGGUGAAUACGGUGUGGUCCAUCAUGAUGAUGGUAAUUUACGUGGAGUGCGUUAUACGGCCGAUAUUAACAACACCGAUCGAAGUCUCAUACAGAAAGCUUUGUUGACAUUUUUGAAACUGUAAUAGGAAGGGGACUUCAAUGAACGUUAGGUUAGGUAAGGCAUGAGCUUCGAAAGGGGGAUUAGCUGAAUGUGAAAAAAUGAGAUAGAAAAAACGAAAACAAUAACUGCAACCGGGUCAGUAAUGUAGGAUUAGCAAUUUGAAAGAGGUCUACAUAUAUUUUGGCCCCAAAUGACCAUAUUGACGCCAUGCUGGCGUCUUAUUUUAUAUUGAAACUAUUGUGAUGAUUCCUAUACAAAGUAACAGAUAAACAAAUAAAUAAACAAACUACAACGAAUUUGUAAGGCAAUGAUGUAAUUGUUGUUGGUUGAUUGCUGGGUUCAAAGAUCAUUCCUUACACUAUCUUAGAGUUAAUUUUUAUGUAUUCUUUUAAUUUAUAAUUCAUAUAUAUUUAAAUUUUUGUUGCCGGUAUCAUCGCCAAUCGUCUUCUUCGUUCAAUUUGAAGAACAACAACAAAGAAACUCAACAUCAAAGAAACCACUAAACCAACAAAUUGCUAAAGACAUAAUAAUAAUGAUAAUAUAAACGUAUGUUGUGAUUCAAUGUUUUCUUUUUUAUAAUUUUCCAUAUAGCAAACUAUUUUAAUUUUUCUUAAUUGUAUGUAUGUGUAUUUUUACAUAUUUGUACUUUAUACAUAUUUAUAUAAAUAAUCUUUAGAAGGACUCUGUUAGAGGCAAAUCGUUUGGAUUUUACAUAAAGUAUUCUAAAUUGUAUAGAUGGAAAGACUAACACGGAUAAAUUUGUAUUGUAUAUAAAUCUAAUAUUUCUCCAAAA